AUGGAUCGGAGCCCAAAGCAGCAGCGGAGCAUCUCCUCCGACGAACCGACCCUCUUCCCCGACGAGGUCCUGGAGCGGGUCCUGGCCCUGCUCGAGUCCCCCAAGGACCGCAGCGCCGUCUCCCUCGUCUGCAAGGACUGGAUCCGGAGCGUCACGCUCAAGGGGAAGCCCAGAUUCUCCGACUUCAACCUCGUCCCGGACAACUGGGGCGCCAACGUCCGCCCCUGGCUCCUGCUCUUCGCCUCCGAGUAUCCCUUUCUUCAGGAGCUCCGGCUCAAGAGAAUGAGGGUCACCGACGAGAGCUUGGAGUUUCUGGCUCUCAACUUCCCUAAUUUCAAAGCUCUGUCUCUCCACAGCUGCGACGGAUUCAGCACCGCCGGACUCGCCGCCGUCGCCGCACAUUGCAAGAAUCUGACUGAGCUGGACGUACAAGAGAACGGGAUCGAGGACACGAGUGGGGAAUGGCUGGGCUGCUUUCCUGACAACUUCAACACAUUGGAAGUUCUGAACUUCGCCAACCUGAACACCGAUGUGAACCCUGAGGUGCUGGAGAAGCUCGUGAGCAGGUGUAGAUCGCUGAAGGUUUUGAAGGUGAACCGGAGUAUCUCGUUGGAUUGCCUGCAGAGGUUGCUCGUCGCUGCGCCGCAGUUGACCGAGCUGGGCGCUGGAUCUUUCUCCCAGGAGCUCACGACGCAGCAGUAUGUGAAGCUCGCACUUGCUUUCGGUCUCUGCAACAAACUGAGCGUGCUGUCUGGGUUGUGGGAAGCGACGGCAGUGAAUCUCACGGCUGUUUACCCGAAUUGCUCGGGGCUGACUUUUUUGAACUUGAGCUAUGCUGCAUUGCAGAGUCAAGAGCUUGCUAGUCUUCUUCCUCGCUGCCCUUGUCUUCGCCGCCUCUGGGUCCUGGAUUCAGUGGGAGACAAAGGCCUGGAAGCAGUGGGAGCCAACUGCUCUUUACUCGAAGAAAUCCGCGUCUUCCCCGCCGACCCUUUCGACGAGGACAUGGCCAACGCAGUCACCGAGUCAGGCAUCGUCGCAAUCUCUCAGGGCUGCCCCAAGCUGCACUACAUCCUCUACUUCUGCCGCCAGAUGACAAACGCCGCGGUGGCCACCGUGGUCCGAAACUGCCCGGACUUCACCCAUUUCCGCCUCUGCAUCAUGAGCCCGGGCCAACCGGACCACACCACCAACCAACCAAUGGACGAGGCCUUCGGCGCUGUCGUAAAAACCUGCAAGAAGCUAAAGCGACUCUCCAUCUCGGGUCUCCUCACCGACCUCACGUUCAAGUACAUAGGCGAGUACGCCAAGAACAUGGAGACGCUGUCCGUGGCCUUUGCGGGAAGCAGCGAUCUCGGGAUGCAGUACGUCAUGGAGGGGCUGUUCGAAGCUGAGGAAGCUGGAGAUUCGGGACUGCCCGUUUGGCAAUGCGGCGCUGCUCUCCGGUUUGGAGAAGAAGAAGGGAGUGAUGAUUGUAAGGCGGAUAAGGUCUAUGUUUACCGGACGGUUGCCGGGCCAAGGCGGGAUGCUCCUCCUUCUGUGCUCACCGUCUCCAGCCUAUGA